AUGGCACUGUCCAGGGUCAAUGGUAAAGUGCUGGCCCAGGCCCACCUCAAAGCCAAAACCCGCCGCCGCCGCCUUGUGGUCCUCUCUUCUCGGCACCUCCAGUCUUCCUCUCAUCGCAUGCGGCCGGCCAAGCUCUCUUUGUCUUCCCACGCAAAGAACCUGCCGCCGCCGCCCACCAUGUCCUCCGACAAGCAUGCCUUGCCCGAGUCGAGGCCGGAGAGCCUCAUCACGCUCGACGAGCCGCACCCAAAGAAAGAAGCCACCACCAAACCUACGGACACGGCCAAGCCCAAGAUCAAGCCCACCGUCGACCAGAGCAGCACCGUCUGUGACGACAACGAACACCACCAUCAAUCCCCUGAACGUCAGCCAUCCUGCCUCGACUCGGCUGUCCAACGACUACAGGUUCCCUAUGUGCCCGUGGCCGCAUCCGAUGAAGGCGUGUCCGGCGAGCUCACGCCUUGCAAGUCCAGCGCUAAGCGCAAGCUUGACGAGAUAUUGAAGGCACCCAUUCAAUUCGUUCCCGCGACCCAGGCUACCAUGGCAACCGAACCCGCCCGCAAGCGCCGUCGCAUUAGGACGAAGGAGCAAUCCGAGAGACAUGACACCAUCUCUCGUCUCAGCACCGAAUACUGCCGCAAGGAUCUGGGCGCCACUGGACUCGUCAACCACAGCGGCGUGCAUUGCUACCGCAGGAGCUGUCUCCAAGUGCUCAUGAACCUGCCCAUCUUCGUCAAUUGGAUCAAGCUGCACGGAAGCAGCCAAAAAUACCGCUGUCUAAAGCCCGGCUGCCUGGCUUGUGCCCUCCGUGGGCUUGCGAACGCAUACUGGCCGGCCGGGGCGGAGCGCCGGAGCGCCCAGCGCGUAGACCGGGCUGUCAGAGACUUCGACAACGCCAUCAACAAGCUGCCCCGGUGCCCUGGCGGAAGCAGGGGCGAGCGGCUCCGCCAACAGGACGCGCACGAGUUCAUGGUCUUCAUCCUGACCAACCUGUCCUCCAGCGAAGCCCACAAGGCAUGCAUGCCGCUCAACGAGGUCGAGGCGCUGUUCGGGCUGAAGCAGUUCCCGCGGCGCACCUGCCGCAGCUGCGGCCACCAAGAGACGCAGGACCCCAUCAUCUGGCUGAACGCCAGCAUCAACAUCCGGCAUCCGCGCAAGGGGCUGGACUUCAAGUCGUACUUCGACCAGUUCUUCUACGAGACGCUGCCGAGCAUCGAGUGCGAGCAGUGCCGCAAGAAGGUGCACGACCGCAAGCAGGUGGUGAUUGACGGGCCGGAGAUCCUGAUGGUGCAGCUGGCGCGCUUCGCAUCCGACGGCUGGGGCCAUCAGAGCAAGGUCAAGGACCCGGUGCAGUUUCCGCUGUAUCUCGACCUCUCCGAGUACUUUGACGACAAGAGGAUGCAGCGGCCCGGCACGCUGAGGUACAAGCUCACGGCGGUGCUCCAGCAUGCCGGCGGAGUCAACAGCGGUCACUACACGGCCAAAGUCGUCUCGCCCAAGGGCAUCCAGGACAUCAGUGACGACGUCGUCGAGAAGCCUGGGGUGAUCAAGGAACUGCUGCGCACCCACGAUGGAGGCUUCACGCCCUACAUUCUCACGUACGUCAGGGUGCACGAGUAG